UUAUAAUGUUGUGAGAUUUUAAUGUGCUGCGCAGUUUUUUUUUUAUUAGAGUUGUUUCAAAUAUUAAAAUAAAAAUUUUUGUUGUUGUUAAUUUUUGUUUUUCUAUUUUUAUUCAGUAAAUACAAUUUUUUUUUUAAAUUAGACCUUGUAAUCUAAGAAUAAAUUUUCGUUAUAAUUUUCUAUUAAUUUAAAUGAAAAUAUAAAAAUUAAAGAGUGCUUUCUAAACAGCGCUAUCGGAGAAGAUCAUCGUGUUUAUCGUCUUCUUUAUUCUUUAUUUAAUAAAAAAAAUCAUAUUUAAGUUUAUAUUUUUUAUUUAUUUAAUAUUUCAUAUUUUUUUUUCUAUUUUGAAAAAGAAAACAAUUUUGAAAUCACAUGUUAUAUUUUUUGUUAAUACAUUUUAAAUAUAUUUAAUGUAUCAAUGUAUGAGUGGACAUGAGAUAAAAUGAUGACAAUAAAAAAAUUCUCGUUUCUAUUAUUCUUUUAGCAUAAAAAAGAAAAAUGUUCGGUAAUUCAAUAAAAAAAAUAUACGGAAGUUAAGUUUUCAUUAAGUUUAACGAACUUUAUUUAAAUAUUAAAAUUUAAUCAUUUAGAUAGAUACUUUUUAUACCAAUAAAUUUCUUAUAUUUUUAAGAAUUGUGUUAUUUGAUAAAAAUUAGAGACUUAAAACAUAAUUAUUAAUCAAUAACGUUUCCAUCCAUUUAUGGUUCUUCUUUAUUUUUGGGUUUACUAAUUCCCUAUAAAUCAAAAUCAAUAGUCCAUUGGGAAAAAAACUAUUAAAGACAAUUUUAAUUUAACUGUGAUUUAAAAGAAAUUCUAUAUACAGACAUCUGAAAAUGCGUUGCGGCGACUAUUUUACAAAACGAUGUACUUUGGGUACAAUCGGUUUAACUUUAGCUGGUCUAGGAUUUAUGAUGGCAAUGUUUUGGGCAGACUUUUUCACAUUAUUAUUAGGAAAGGAACUGGCUUUACGAUCAAAUGGUAGGACUUAUGAUGCAUGGAAACAACCACCAAUACCAUUAAAUUUAGAUAUAUACAUGUAUAAUUGGACAAAUCCACAUGAAAUAAAAAAUAAAUCAGUAAAACCUAGAUUUCAAGAACUGGGUCCAUACCGUUUCAUUGAUAAACCCGAUAAAGUUGAUAUAGUAUUCCAUCCAGAAAAUUCAACAGUAAGCUAUCGUAGAAAAAAUGAUUUUUACUUCGAUGCUGAAGGUAGUAAAGGAUCAUUAAACGAUCAAAUUAGUACACUAAAUGUUGUUGCAUUGUCAGCUGGUGCUAAAGGUAAAUGGUGGUCCUCCUUAUUACGAACUACUAUUUCUAUUGGUUUAAAUGCAUUUAGUCAACCAAUUUCUGUACAAAAAACCGCUGAUGAACUUCUUUUUACUGGCUAUGAGGAUGAUAUGAUUGAUGUCGCAAGAGAAAUGCCACUUUUUGGUGAUGAUGUAGAAGUUCCUUUCGAUAGAUUUGGCUGGUUUUACACAAGAAAUGGUAGUGCAGAUUUAAUGGGUCACUUUAAUGUUUAUACUGGCGAAGAAGACAUUGGAAAUGUUGGACAAAUGUAUACUUGGAAUUACAAAACUCAUUCAGGUUUUUUUCCUGAUCAAUGUGGUAUGAUAAAUGGAUCUGGAGGAGAAUUUUAUCCGCCAAAAUUAAAAAUUGGUGGUUCUAUUUCACUAUUUACACCAGACAUGUGUAGAAGUUUAACAUUAGAUUACGUUGAAACAACGACAGUAUAUGGUAUUGAAGGUUAUAAGUACAGCGGGGGUCUAAGAUCUGUGGACAACGGGACACAAUAUCCAGAAAACCGAUGUUUUUGUGGCGGAACAAAGGAUAGUACAUGUGUUCCUUCAGGUGUGAUGAAUAUUUCAUCAUGUCGUUUUGGCACGCCAGUUUUCAUGUCAUAUCCGCAUUUCUUUAACGCCGAUCCCUUUUAUAUAAAUCAAGUUGAAGGUAUAACUCCACCGGAUCCUGAAAAGCAUGAGUUCUAUAUAAUUCUUGAGCCAACUACAGGCGUUGCGCUAGAAGUUGCAGCACGUUUCCAAUUAAAUAUAUUAAUUGAAGAGUUUCCGGGAAUCAGUUUAUAUCGUGGAGUACGAAAGAGUUACCUUCCUCUGUUAUGGUUUGAACAAAAAGUAAAGAUUCCAGAAGAAGUCGCACAUGAACUAAAAUUCAUUCCAACAGUGGUUAUGAUCGGUCAUAUAAUUGCUGGGGUUAUUUUUGCGAUUGGUUUAAUUAUGGCAUUUUGGGUUCCAAUAAAUAAUUGUAUUCGAAGAUGUCAUGGUGAACUAAAAUGUAAUAACAAAACACCAAAACCAAAAUCAACAAAAUUAUUACCGUUAGUCGUAAAACCUUCACCUAUUGCUAGUAAAAAUGAUAACCAAGCUAAAGACUCAAACCAUAAGUAUCCUGAAGUUUCUCCAUUAUUACAAAAAAAGGAAAAAGAAACUGUAACAAACCCAGCUAUAGUAUUGUCGUCCUCAAAUGAAGAAAAAGAAAAACUAAGAUUAAAUUCUAAAGAAAAUGUUUAAGUGCCAUUUACGAGUACAUACGUUAGAAUUUAUAAGUUCGUGUAAGAAUUUUUAAGACAUGAAUUUUGUAAUUAAGAAAAAGAAAACAUUGUAAUAUAAUUAUGUAAUUUCGUAUAUAAGAAUUAUUCAUAUGUGAUUUAAAAACUCAAUUAAAAUAUGUGUAAGUUAAAAAUAAAUUUGUACAUUUAAGAAAAAAAAAUUGAAUUGAAAUGAUUAAAUUGAUAAAAUUAUUGAGUUCCUUAAAAUAAGUUGAUUUUCUAAUCUUAAAAAAAAUAAAACUUGAGUUUUGUAUUACAUACAAUAAAAUUUUAUAAUAUUAUUUUAAAAGUUAAUUAAAUGUUUUAAAGUCUUUAAACUUAUUAUAAGAUCAAAUUAAAGAAAAAAUUAAAUUUAAAUUUCAGUAAAAAUUAUCCAAACUGCAUAAUGAAUUCUAAGUUCUAAUUUUUAAUAAUCUCGGAAAUGAAGAAGAAUAAGAUUAGAAAAUUUUUACAAAUUACUCAAACUUAUAAAAAAUUAUUGUAAAAUAUUGACUUUUCUUGUAUACAUGCACUUAAAUAAUAUGAAUGCAAAUUAUUGAAAUAAGAUUCUAUAAUACUACAUAUAAGUUUUUGUUCAUUCCAAGAAAGUAUUUUUGUUGUUUUGCUAGUUUCUCCCAGCUGUUGAGAAUAUUGAAUAGACUUUAAGUUUAAUACAAAAUAAUUUUAUCAAAUAUUAUAAUAUUAAACUAAAUACAUUAUAAUAAUCCAUGUACAGAUUUUAAGAGCAUUUGUCAUUAAAUUUUUUUUUCUAUAAUUUUGAUCAAAAUCCUAUUUCGUAUAUCGUAUAAGCAAUAUGUUCAUGCGUACCAUUAUUUAAAAUUUUAUAUUUUCAUACUAUAUUAAGAACAAAAUCAAUUUUAUUAAAAAAAUGUUACAAAGCUAAUAGAACUGAAAUUACUAAAAUAUUGGUGCAUAAAUAAAAAACACAGUAUUGUGACUAUUGUACAUACAUAGGUAGCUUUCGAAAUUAAACUUUUUUGAUUUUAGAAAUAUUUUUGUUGUAAAAGUCAUACAAAAUUAUAUUGAAAUUUUAAUCUAGAAAUAAAAAUGAAAACACAAUUUACAGUAAAGUAUCUACCUACAUUUAUUGUAUACACUAUAUAAAAAAAAUAUGCAUUUUCGACAUUAGGUUUAAAAAAUUUUUUAAAAUAUUCAAUUAGAAUUUGAAUAAUUAUUUUCAAAAUUUUUGUUACCUAAAUACAUAUGUAUAAUUAAAUAUAAGUAAAGUUGGUGCAAGAAAAAAUUACAUGACAAUUGUUAUAAAAAGAAAAAACAACUUAAAUAAAAUUUACAUAUUAUGUAUGUAUAUCUUCCAAGUUUUUCUUUAAUAAUUAUUUUAAAAUAUUUUAAUUAAAGUACGAUUUUGUAGUUUUCAAGGGAUUUCAUAUUUUCCAUAUUAAAACAUAUGCAUAUAAGUGAAAAAUUGUUUACACGUAUGUAUGUAUACAAAAGAGGUAUAUCCCUUGCUUUACCAGAAAAACAGAGCUAUACUCAAAUAAAAUAUGAAGAAAAUUGUGAUAAAAUUACACUAGAAUGAACGGAUACAUAGAAAUAAAAAUAUACAUACAUAGAAAUAAUUAUUAAGAAAAUAUACAAUAUGUAUUUAUAAAAAAUUUAAAAUAAAACAAUAAUUUAUGACAAAAUAAUGUUACCCAAAAAUAUUCUAAAAAUUUAUAUUUUUAUAUCCAAUAGUAUGUAAUUAUUGUUAUAACAUAGUAUAAGUGGAAAUAUUAAAUACAAUAUUUGUACAU